CACAUAAAAUCGCCAAACCAACAAAGCCUUGGUGCUUUUUGGUCUGAUCCAGAAAUCAGAGUUGCUAUGCUGUACAGUUGCACGCACCAAGCGCCAAACCCAACUAAGCUUUCAUCUUCUCUUGCUACUCACUCGCAUAUAUAGGUCAAACACACAGCAGCGUUGCUUCCUAUGAUCAUCUGUGUGUGUAAUGGGUAGCGUAGAGGAACCCGAAAAACCCAUAUCUCUCUACGAUUCUUCCUCCUCUCCCACCCGUCCUCUCCUCUCCAAACACCCCUUUCCUUCUUCUUCUCCUCCUCCUCCUCCUCUACUCGACGAAAAACCAAUAGAACCGGAACCGGACCCGACACAGUUCCUUCAGAUUUCCUACAACUACGGGCCCAGGCCCUUCAAGGACCUCCCUUUCCUCCUCCUCUUUCUCCUCUUCGUCCUCUCCACCUUUGCCUUCGGCAUCUUCUCCAUCUUCCACAGCAACACCUACUACUACGACCUCUCCUCCUUCUCUUACGAUUCCAACUCCACCUCUUGUAUCGAAAGCUCACUCUCAGAGACACACCCCAAUUGGUUUCGCUUGUAUUCAUUUUUAUCUUCCAGUAUAUUGGAAAGUUUGAUAUGGAGCCUCGUGGUUACCUUCAUUUUGAGCAUACCCAUUUGCUUGCUUUUGCUUCUGUUACUCAAACAUUACACCAAACAAAUCGUCUACGCGUCCCUUCCUUUCUUUAUUGUCAUCCCCAUCUUCUUAAACGUCUACUGGUUCGUCGCCUGCACGGUUAGCUCCUCUUGCAGUGACGCGUUCCCUUUGGCCUAUCGGAUUCUGGUCCUUGUUUUCGUCUUCCUGGUCAUAGGCGUGAUUGUCUGGAUCUUCGUGGUCCACUGGCACCGAAUCGAGCUUACCGUGAGCAUAAUUGGGGUUGCCUCGGACGCGCUGUGGAAUAACCUGGGCUUGGUUUGGGUCCUACCGUGUUUGACACUCGGGUUAGUGGUCUAUUACGUGCCGAUUGUGGUUUUCUUGGUGUUUGCGAGGCAGAAUGGGAAGAUUGUGCCGAGGGAAACCAGUGGAGAGUACACUUGUGUAUGGAAGCAAGAUGGUUGGGUGCCCGCGUACUAUGCGCUGGCGAUACUUGCGAUGUUCUGGUCCGCGGCGGUCAUGGUGGAAGUGCAGGUUUAUGUGAUUAGUGGGACUGUUUCGCAGUGGUAUUUCUCCAAGGAGGAUGAGACACCUAGGCGAAGUAUAAGAAGUUCUUUGAGAAAUGCAUUUGGCCCCUCCUUGGGCACAAUAUGUUUAUCUGGUCUACUUAUUGGUGUUGUGCGAGUGGUGCGUGCUACUGUUGAUACCGCAAGACAAGAAGACGUUCCAGGGAUAGUGAACCUUAUACUACGUUGCUGUGCCAAUGUUUUCCUGUCAGCAAUUGAUUUUCUUAACAAGUUUACUAUCAAUUUCGUGGCAAUAACUGGGGAAACUUACUGCACAUCUGCGAGAAUGACAUAUGAGCUUCUAAAACGGAAUCUUCUGUCAGCUGUAUUUGUUGAGACCAUCUCCACCCGUCUAUUGGCUGGAAUUGUUUUUGUCCUCUCAGCAAUAUAUGCAAUUGUGGUCUGUGCUAUACUAAAGGCUGUGAGCCAUCUCAAGGCGGAAGCAUACUAUGUGGCUGCUCUGGCUUGGGUGCUACUAAUUGUGGUGCUGAGCUUCUUUGUUCAUGUGCUGGAGAAUGUGAUUGAUACCGUGUAUGUUUGUUAUGCCAUGGACAGGGACAGCGGAGAUGUUUGUAAACGGGAGGUUCACGAAGUUUAUGUUCAACUACCCAUUAGUAGAAACCAUAGACAAUCACUUGCCCCAACUCUGGUUGUAUAAACGACCCCCUGAAUUUAGGUUACCUGUCGUGCUUGAUCAGUCAUUUGUUGUGUAAUUAAUUAAGUUAUAAACAUUCCAGUCGGCAAAAUUGUGCCAUACCCUCCAGUGUUACCUUAUACAAUUUUGAGAUUUCUUCAAUAAAGAGGUGGAUUUUUAUUUUCAGGUAA